AUGAUAAUACAGAGGCUCUUUUAUGUCGGUCUCUGUUGCCAAUUGUUUGGGGAGUCUCGUGGGUUUCUCGUCCAAAACCCUCGGUCCUCGCCAGCAGCUGUUUCUUCUUGCAAACAGCACGGAACUUCCUCACCCCUACAACAUGCCGAUACAGAUACUGCGACAUUCAACAACUUAUUCUCUGAGUUUGAGAACGAUCUCAACAGAUUGUCACAACUUCGGCCUCCCUUGCCGAGUUCCGACCCCUCUCUUCACGCCACACUAAUAUCGGCUGGCAGUUCCUACACUCGGCUUUGGACCGCUUCUACAUGGGUCCAACACUCCCGGCCUCCCCAUUCGCGGUACGCUAGACAUAUUUGGCGAUGGCGGCAUUCGUCGACGGCAAAAAAGGUUCUACCUGCAGUUUUGAUCUCAACAGCAUGGGCUACUCUCGUCUCAGUGUCCCCACAUUAUUUUAAAUGGUCGGAACAAAUUUUGGCGUCGGCUGGAUCUGUGGCAGCUGCCACUUCGGUCUUAUUGGCUCCUUUGGCGCUUUUACUUACGCUGAGAGCAAAUUGUAGUCUUGGAAGACUAUUAGAGGCGCGUUUACUCUGGGGACGAAUGGUAUUGCACACUCGCACGUUGGCUAGUUUGAUGCAAGUAUAUUUGUUGCCGCAUGCCCCAAAGACGACGCUUGCAGCGGCACGAUUGUUGGCUAUUUUGAGUUGGCAACUCAAGGCUUACGUUCGAGGUGAAUCCGUCGAACUGCAGCGAGAAGCGUUGAAUACUACUUUAGACAAAGAGACAGUGGACUGGAUACUUGACGAGACGCAACAACCUUAUCAGAAAUCCAUUGUAACGAUCCCAUCUCGUAUUCGGCAAUUGUGUCACGCAGCCAUGAAUCAUAUGGAGCAAGAAAAGCAACCAAAUAUUCCUCAAUAUCAAGUUGAAAAUGAGAUUUGUAAACUGGAAGAAGUCGUUGGUGGUUGUGAACGUCUGCACAGUAGUCCCAUUCCUCCUACCUACAGCCGCCAUCUCAGUCGUGUCAUGGCAUUAUUCAAUUUGACGUUCCCCAUCAGCUUGGUUUCGGCCGGAGUCAAUCCGUUUGGAGUCAUUGUGGUUUCCAUGAUUGCUUCAUAUGUGUUUAUUGGCAUUGAUGAGGUCGGUAUGGAGAUUGAAAAUGCCUUCCAGUUGCUUCCACUACAACAAUUAGCAGCUGCUUCUCAAAAGGCAGUCCUAGAUCAAUUUUUGUUCAUGCGAAAUGGGCCACCGUUGGUGACAGAAAAAUAG